CACCACUUUGUUUCAAGAUUGUGACGGCAACACACAGCUUCUGUAGGGACACCUUCUUGCUUGAGUUUUGCUUCUACGUGGUCCCAGAUGGGCUUCGGGGAGGACUUGCGCUGCCCGCGUGCUCAUGCGGCUGUGCUGAAGCUGCUGGACUCAGAGCUUCACCUGAUGGAGGUCAUGAAGAAGUGGAUGGGCCAGCGAGCAAAGAGCGAAAGGGAGUUUGCAGUGCAGCUGCACCACAUGGCUCUCUUGGUGGACAAGCAAGAGCGGCCCCAGCCUGGUCCGGGACUGGACCACAUCAGCCAGAUCAACAAGUCAUGGGGAGUUCUGGUCUCACAGACAGACCUUCUCAGCCAACUGAUGAGGAAAUGCUCUGAAGAUCUGCUGAACGGACCCGUCAGCAAACUGACACUGCUCAUCCGAGACAAACAGCAGCUCCGCAAAACCUACGCAGAGCAGUGGAGCCUCUUGAGGCAGGAGCUCAGCAAAGUGACGCAAACAGAGCUGGAGAGGCUGAAGACCAGCUACAGGCAGGCAGCGAGAGAUGUUUCCCAUGCAAAGAGGAAGUUCCAGGAAGCCAGUAAAGAAAAGGAGCGCGAAAGAGCAAAAGAACGUUGCUUCAAGGCAACGCUGAAGCUCCACGAGGUGCACAAUGAGUACGUGCUGUCUGUCCGUGCGGCUCAAGUCUACCAGCAGCAGCAUCACGCUCACAUCCAGCCUGCCAUGCUUAAUGCACUGCAGGCUCUCCAGCAGGAGGCGGUGCUCAUCCUAAAGGAGAUCCUGCAGGAGUAUUUUGAUAUUUCCUCCCUGGUUCAUCAUGAAGUCGUGCACAUCCACAGAGAGAUGUCGACUGCUAUUAUGUCCAUCGAUCCUCUCACAGAGUAUGAGAGCUUCAUCCAACAGAACAGGUCUGUGGAGGAGAUUCCUGUUUGUGCAGAAUUUGAUUGCAGUCUUUUGGAGAACACAGAGAAACUAAACCCUCAAGAUGUGGAGUUAAAUGACUUAACACUGGAGACAAUGCAGCAUAAGCUGACUGCGAUAGAGGAGGAACUGCUGGAUCUGACCCGGUGUCUCGGCUCCCAGCAGGUUUCAGUAGAACAGCUGGAGUUGGAUUUGGAGAUGGAGGGGGGAGGAACCAGGAAGGGCCAGAGGGUCUACCAACUCAGCAGGAGACAUGCUCUGGAGGAGUGUCGGCAGCAGGUCGCUCUGUCUCAAGGCAGGAGGGCCAAGCUGGAGGUCCAGAGGCUGAUUCUGAAAACAAAGUUGGAGCAGCUGGGCUCCAAAGAACCUCCGCCUGCUAUGCAGAUGAACACGGACGCAGGACACCACGAUGGCAACCAAACAGCAUCCAAGCUCUUCGGGAAUGGGAUCAAAAACAUUCUGUUUCAACACAAAACUGAUCUAAAGGAAGCAGAUCGUCCCCUGGAGCAGCAGGACUGGUACCACGGAGCCAUUCCCAGGCUGGAGGUCCAGCUGCUCCUUCGGUGUGAUGGUGAUUUCUUGGUGAGACAGAGUCUAGAAAAACAUGGUUACGUGCUCUCUGUGCACUGGGAUGGCUCCUGCAAGCAUUUCCUCAUCCAGAACACAGAUAAUCAGUACCGCUUAGACGGGGAGAGCUUCUGCAGCAUCCCGCAGCUGAUCCAUCAUCUGCUCUCCUCACGACAGCACAUCACCAGGAAGUAUAAUAUACAGCUGAGGAAACCUGUGCUCAAGGACAAAUGGGUCCUGGAACAUGAUGAUGUUAUAUUAGGAAACCUCAUCGGGCGGGGUAACUUUGGAGAGGUGUACAGUGGAACCUUGCGAUGUGAUAACACUCCUGUCGCAGUGAAGGCCUGCAAGGAGAGUUUGGCACCAGAGCAGAAGAAUAAGUUCCUGAUGGAGGCCAGGAUCCUCAAACAGUACGAUCAUCCCAACAUUGUAAAGCUGAUUGGCGUGUGCACACAGAAACAGCCCAUCUAUAUUAUAAUGGAACUGGUUCAAGGUGGAGAUUUCCUCUCCUUCUUGCGACAGGAAGGUUCAAAUCUGACCCCCAAGAUGUUGGUCAGGAUGGCAGAAAAUGUUGCAGCCGGCAUGGAGUACCUCGAGAAAAAGAAGUGCAUUCACAGAGAUCUAGCAGCCAGAAACUGUCUGGUGGCUGAGCGUCGCGUUGUGAAGAUCAGUGAUUUUGGGAUGUCGCGGCAACAGGAGGAUGGGGUCUACUCUGUGGAGGGUGGCCUCAAGCAGAUUCCCAUCAAAUGGACGGCUCCUGAGGCGCUCAGCUACGGUCGAUAUACCACAGAGAGCGACGUGUGGAGCUUUGGUGUGCUGCUCUGGGAGGCCUUCUCCUUGGGACUCAAUCCUUACACCAGCAUGAGCAACCAGCAGACAAGAGACGAGGUAGAAAAAGGAUACCGCAUGGCGGCUCCACGGGACUGCCCACUGGAAGUCUCCAGGCUUAUGAGCAGCUGCUGGCAGCACGAACCCAAAAAUAGACCAUCUUUUAAAAAACUGAGGGCUGACCUCAAUGACAUCUGUAAGAAUAUUACACAAUAGGAGCCAGGUGAUUCAUUGUUUGCUUGUGUGUCGAAAUGAAAUGUACAGGCGGACCAGUAUUUUGGUCUUGAAAGGAGUGAAAAUAAGAAGUAAAGUAGAAGUUAUUUACUUUUUAUUUAGUUUUUAGUUAUAAAAUGAGAACAAUAAAGCAACCUAAAGUAUUCAAAGUAUUUGAAAAAGUGAAAUACAGUACAUUAGAAAACGUGUAUGAAAAAAAAUCUACAAUGAAAAAAUAAAAACUAUAAUAAAAUGUGAGGAAAAGAGAAUAUAUUAAUA